UGUGUGUGUCUGUCAUUCACACAGCUCUGGGUCUGUAUGGAGACUCAGGCCACCAGUUUAACCGCCACCUUGUGAAAACACUGCGGGCUGAAAGUGGCGAGAAUGAACCGGCAAGGUUUUGGUGGGACCUCAUCCAUGAACUUCUCUACAGGAGCGACAAGAAACGGAGGCCCCCACUCAGAUCUGACAGAGGAGGAUCUGGAGGAUCUAAGGAUUGAGCUCACUAAGGUGGAGGAUGAAAUUCAGACUUUGCGUCAGGUGCUUUUGGCCAAAGAGAAGUAUGCCAUGGACAUAAAGAGACAGCUGGGGUUGAGCCCGCUCAGUAACAUCAAGCAGAACCUGGCCAAAGGCUGGCAAGAAGUCCAAACCUCAGCUCCAUAUCUCACAGCUUCUGCAACUUUGGAGGACAUCAGCAACUCCAAUGCGUACAAGAGGACCCAGGACACGCUCUCUCAUGCAGGACAGGUGACCUCUGCUGCGCUGUCCUCAAUGGGUGUGGCCAUCACCAGGCGGCUGGCAGACAUGAGGGCUUUGCCUCUCCCAAGCCCACCACGCCACACCAUAAGCGUUCCUGCGAUGAGUGGGCACUUUUCACAUUUCCCUGUAGACACUCCCCUACGUUCAAGUCUUUUGAGGAAAUGGUUGACAAUGUGAAGGAGAAGGUGACUGGCAGUCGAUCAAAUGAAGACAGCAGCUCUGGGUUUGAAAGAAGGUCCGCGCGCCACAAAUCAUGAAAUGCUCCUUUCUAACAGCCCACAGUGAAAUUUGAUCCUAUAACUUGCAAAGUCCCUCUGCCUCCAUGACCCAGAGAACUUGAUCACGGCCGUCUCUGGCUGUCUCAACACGACCAGGAAGAAGCAUGAAGUUUGUUAUGCAAAAUUCAUCCAACUGUGAAUUUUCAAAUAGUGUUUUAACAUGGUAAUAUUUCUGCAAGUUGUUUGUGUGGGAUUUAACAGUUUACUUAUUUUGAAAUGUAGCCUAAGUGAAUUCACCUCCUCAGUGUUUGAAAUACGUGCAGUUUGUUAGGACUGAACUAAUGUUAGCAGUAGCAUUGUUUUAAUCCUCUUUUUGUAAGGGGGAAACAUUUCACUGAUACAAUGUAUUUUUGUACUUCAAUAUUUUUCAAUUAAAGUAAAUUGUAUGGUGC